AUGGUUACAAUUUAUCUGUUACCAUUGAUCGUCGCCGGUAUCGCCCAACACAUUUGCUUUUCCUUUGCAACCGAACAACCCACAUCUGCAUUUCCCAACUGUGAGAGUAGCAGCGGUGACGAGGGAUUCUUCGUACCGCGGAUACUUUGUAGCGAUCAAUCAGAAGAAAAGGAAGGUGCUACGGAUGAUGCUAGUCCAGUGUGCUGUAUACCACCGAGCACCGAACGCUUAAUCUCGCAUCCGAACGCAGCCAAACUGUCUCAAUCGUUGUGCGGUACGGUUGCGGUAGAGGAUAAAAUUCAAAACGGUACGAUCGUGCAGCGCGGGGAAUUCCCGUGGAUGGCGAAGCUGGUUUACCGCGGCGAUUACGUGUGUAGUGGUACGCUGAUUCAUCCACGGUACGUCCUCACCGCCCAGCACUGUAUCAAACCGCAACUCGUAAAAGUUCAGCUUGGCGUACACGAUCUUCGGGAAGAGUCCCCGGAAGUGCAGGAGAUUAAUGUGAUGGAAGUAUUUAAGUACCACCUGUACGAUGUAGGACUAUUGCGAUUGGCUAAAUCGGCCACAGUGGAUGGUGAUUUCGUGCGGACGAUCUGUUUGCCGAUUUUUUCGCGUCUCCGCAUGUAUUUCCCGCCCUCGCUCACCAUUACUGGGUGGGGAAACACGGAGAUGAACAGAUUGUCGGACGUACUGCUGAAAGCGGAAACAGCAGUAAUAAGAAAUAAUGAAGAAUGCGACAACGCUUAUAUCAUAUGUGUCGGAGGGGUGCAACACCGCAAUCACUGUCCGGGCGAUUCCGGCGGACCGUACCAGGCGCUCAGUAAAUUCGGAAGACAUCCUGGAGAACGCGUUGUGCAGUACGGCAUCAUAAGGGAUGGAACGGUCUACUGCUCCCAUCCAGACUACCCGAGCAGAGGUAUACUAGUGGGUUAUGUGUUGGAUUGGAUACUUGAUCAAAUGGAGAUAUAA